UGCUCGGUGCGACGGAGAGGGCCAGGAAGGGGGGGCCGGUGGUGGGUAUGAGGGUGUGAGGGCUCCCCAGUGCUGUGGGCAGUGUGGAGGAGCAGGACAGCAGGGCUGUCCGAAUUCCUUUUCUUAAAUCUUCGUUUAGAGGAAAAAUUGCCACAAACAUGCGGCCCCUGACACACCACAGAGAGCCUGUGUGAAAGAGGAAGUGCAGUGGGGUUGGCCUGGACUUUUCUGAGCUGUAAAAAAUCCCGCACAGUUCCCCUGUGUGCAGCGUAUAAGCGAGUGUGCAACCUGCGUUUAUGCAAGGCGGGUUACACAACAGACAGAGGUGAGGGCUGCGAGGAUGACGGGGGAGUGUGCGCUGGCUGGCAGCAUGUCGAGACGUGUCCUUCCCGCAACUCCGCGGCUCUGUGCCGUGGACCGCGCUCCGGUUCUGCUGCUGCUGCUGCUGCAGUCGGCACUGUGGGCCUCCUCCAGCGCCGGCCCUCUCCACCUGGACCCCCAGAGCGCUCUGGACCGGUACGUCAGCGCGUUCGACCCCCACUACUCCUACACGGUGCUGGACCACCUGACCAGGAGGGGGGAGGAGUUCACCACCUACGUGCUGAACAUGACGUCUCUGAAGUGGCUGAACGAGUCGGUGGUGGACCGGGCGGUGUGGUGGCACUAUGUGAGGGUGACGGUUCCCCAUCACAUCGCCCCAGGGCUGGAGGACUCCGCCUUCCUCUUCAUCGACGGGGGGUCCAACCGGGCCGCCCCCCCCACGUACCCCUCUCUCCUGCAGGCUUUCAUCGGGGCCUUCGCCGUCAGCGCUGGCACGGUCUCUGCCUGCGUCUCUCAGAUCCCCAACCAGCCCCUGAGCUUCCCGCAGGAUGUGGCUGGUAAAAGGUCUCGGAGUGAGGAUUCCCUGAUGGCCUACACCUGGUGGCACUUCCUGAACAAUCACACGGACGAGCCUGAUCGGCUGCUGCUCUUCCCCAUGACCAAGGCCGCUGUCCGAGCUAUGGACACCGUCAGCGACUUCAUCCUGAAGAUCUCGGCAGGCAAACGCCACAUCGACAGAUUCACUGUGUCAGGGGCGUCUAAGCGUGGGUGGACAGCCUGGCUGACGGCCGCUGUGGAUCCCAGGGUGGUGUCCUUCACCCCCAUCGUGCUGGACUUCCUGAACAUGACACCGAGUCUCCAUCACCAUUUUCGGGCGUAUGGAGGGUGGAGCUUUGCUUUUCGGAGUUACUAUGAGCUGAACAUCACCGAGCUCCUGGACUCCUCUCAGAUGGGCCUCCUGACCAAACUAAUAGACCCACUAGCCUACAGCAGGCGCUACAGAGACAAGCCCAAGCUGGUGAUCUCCACCGUGGGGGACGAGUUCUUCCUCCCGGACGAUUCACACUACUACUACCAGCAGCUGCAGGGGGACAUCAUGCUGAGGAUGGUGCCGAACGCCGAGCACUCGUGCGUGGGCCACUGGAUGAGCGUGCUCCUCUCUGCUCAGUCCUUCUACCUCAGCACCAUGCUGGGCCACGGACGACCCACAAUGCACUGGAACAUGACGCAGUCAGCGGAGUCAGGAGCCAUUUACCUGUACACUGAUGUUCCCCCCCUCUCGGUGGUCUCCUACCACACUGACACCGCCGACCCAACCAGACGUGAUUUCCGCUGGAUCGUCGCCGUUCCAGGGCACCCCGACAUCCUCCUCUUUCGGCCCACGCUGUGGCGGCCGUCCUCCGUCACCAGCCCGUCUCCCGGAGUGUACAUGAAGCAGCUGCCGGUGCCCAAAGCUGGCUGGAGAGCGUUCUUCAUUGAGGCCACCUUUCCUGGACCAAUGGGCACGGUGCAAACAUUCACCACCGAGGUGAACGUCAUCCCUGACGUCUUCCCUUUCCCAGAAUGCAAAGCGCAGAAGUGCCACGGGACUCUGGUCUGAACGGACACGUUACAGGGAUCGCUUCGCUUGCUGGAUUACCUGUACGUUAUACCUGUACAAAGUAUAUAAUCUUAGUGUCUAUAGUGUACAUAUAAACAAGUACACCAUUAAGGAAAGCUUAUGAUUGUUAACAGUAGAGUGCAACGAGUAAUCACAGUAACUCUCCGGCUGGGAAACUGUAGAAUUUGCACAGUUUGAAAAGUCAAAUAUUGUGUUUAGUUGGUUCCUUCCUCAUCCUUCUGAAAUAAUAAACAGAAAUUUCUCUGUUUGUAAUGGAAAUGACUUCGUAACUGCCAAGGCGUGUGUCCUUCCUGGAUUGUGGUGUGAUAACGUGUAAGGGUGUCGGAACGUAAACACAGCCGCUCACGUGCACCUACGGGCAGAACGUUCCGGAAGCAUUCCACAAUGUUCUGAGUAAUAAAAAUCCCCGCCGUCUGG